GUAUAGAUCAUAUGAUUGAUUUGAUUAUCAAAUAAAAUAAAUAAAUAAAAACAUCAAUAAAAAUAAGGAUCAGUUUUUUGGUGAUCUUUUUUUUAUUUCAAGACAUUUAAUCAAUAAUCGUCUGCCAAUUAAUCACAUUAAUUGCCAACAAUUAUGACCGCAAUUAUACCGAAAGUAUCGCAACUGACGUCACGUAUUAUCCGUAUCCUCGGCUGUAAUCCCGGAGUUAUGACACUUCAGGGAACCAAUACUUAUUUGGUCGGCAACGGACCCAACCGAGUACUUAUCGAUACCGGCGAUGCCGACGUUGGCGAAUAUGUGACCAAUUUGAAGACUAUCGUCGACGACAAUGGCAUCAAUUUGUCGCAAAUAGUGGUCACUCACUGGCAUCACGACCAUAUCGGCGGUGUUGCCGACAUUCUGAGCACACUUAAGCUUAACGAUUGCAAAAUCUAUAAGAUAUGCGACGAAGAGCACGACCGACAAUAUCAGUCGUCAUCAUUUAAGUUGAAUUAUUUAGCCGAUGGCCAAAAGCUAGAGGCCGACGGAGCAACACUGCGGGUGGUGGCCACUCCCGGACACACUGGUGAUCAUAUGAUUCUUGUAUUGGAACAAGAAAAUGCUAUUUUCAGCGGCGACUGUAUACUCGGCGAAGGAACCGCUGUUUUCGAAGAUCUUUACAGUUAUAUAAAGUCGCUGAAGACUAUUUUGGAACUGAAACCGUCGGUAAUAUAUCCCGGUCACGGACCAGUGAUUGACGAACCGAUCGGCAAAAUUAACGAAUACAUUGCUCAUCGACAACAACGAGAGGAUCAGAUCGUCAAUGUGAUGGUCGAAUUGGGCAAAGAGUUGACGCCAAUGGAAAUCGUCAAAAUUGUUUAUAAGGAUGUACCGGAAAAACUGCAUUUGGCCGCUGCGGUCAAUGUUGGCCAUCAUUUAGAGAAAUUAGUUAAAGAACAAAGAGUUGAAAAAAUAGAUUUUAAUAAUCAAUUGUCAAAAUACAGAAUUAAAUGAUAAGUAUUUUUUUAAAUGAAAAAAUA